CGCUCAAUGAGAACAGAAAGACUCUCAAUCAUGUACUUCGGUGUUCUGACUCUUUUUAUGUUAUCGUUCGCGGCGUUUGUAUACGCGGACGACCCUGAGCGGAUGGUCAGUGGUAAAGACACAAAGCCCGGCCAGUUUCCUUAUGCCGUGUUUAUUAAAGUGAAUAAUAAGGUGAUUUGCGGUGGUGCUAUCAUUAGCAAUUACCAUGUCCUCACUGCGGCGCAUUGUCUCCAAAGUCCGUACAACAAAACGGAAGACAUGGUGGUUGUAACAGGAACCAUUUACCUUGAUCAGGGUGGUGAGACACAUCGCGUAGCUGCCUUGUACCCUCAUCCCUAUUACAGCGACUACCUCGAUAAAGACGUCGGCGUGAUCAAGCUUGCGGAUCGUAUCAACUUCAAUGCGAACCAACAGCCGAUCGCAUUUCCCAGCAGUAGGACACCAGCAUUUGUCUAUGCCACGGUGGUCGGAUGGGGUGGUACAUCUGUUCCCCCGACAGCCAUGUCUAAUUCGCAACAAUAUUUGUCUCUGAAAGUAAUCGAUACCGAAACCUGCAGAGCUACUUCCGGUUUCAUUAUCAGCGAGAUCUGCACUCUGAAUGGUGCCAAUGUAGGCACGUGCACGGGGGAUAGUGGCGAUCCGCUGGUGUACAACAAUGAAAUCGUUGGUGUCGCGUCGCGAGGAGUUCCCUGUGCACGCGGCGCACCUGACAUAUUUACAAGUAUCUACGACAGCCUAGAGUUCGUUAAGAAAACAAUGCAACGAAAGAACACUCGAUCUGUUAUCAACCUCUUUUUGUUCGCUCUCAUAGCGCUUGCAACCGCCGAUAAUCCAGAACGGAUUGUCGGUGGAUUGGAAGCCAAGCCUGGACAGUUCCCCUACAUGGCGUCCCUUAGAGUAAAAAACCGCCACAUUUGUGGUGGCGCGAUCCUCGAUACUCGUAAUAUCCUCACUGCCGCGCACUGUGUCAAAGCAGCCAUGAAAAAUGACAUAAAGGACGUAACUAUUGUGACCGGAACCAACUCGCGCACCCAAGGCGGUAACACGUACCCCGUUGCUGCUAUGCUUUCUGACCCUGGAUACGAGAAGGACCCUGACAAGGAUGUUGCUAUUAUCAAGCUGGCCAAUCCGAUUACUUUCGACAAGCUCCAAAGUCCGAUCUCAAUGUCCAAUGCCAGGCCACCAGAAGAACAAUACGCCGUUAUCAGCGGAUGGGGUGGCAUAACACCUCCUCCGAUCCAACCUCCUGAGCUGUUACAGUAUCAGACCGUCCGUAUGAUCAAGUUCAGCGAUUGCAAGAAAGUCUAUCAGGACAUCACCACGGCAGUCUGCGCGUACAACGGAGUGAACAUUGGUGUAUGCUCCGGCGACAGUGGAAGUCCUCUGGUCUGGAACAAUACGAUCGUCGCUGUAGCGGUCCGCGCGGUGCUCUGCGCGAAAGGAUAUCCAGACAUAUACAGCACCACUGCGGACAACAUGAAUUUCCUUCGCCAAGCAGUUGCUUGGUAAUUACGAUCGACGAGUCUACGAUGCACUCUGUUCAAUCGUUACGUUUAUCCGUCGUCGAAAUUGUAUAACUGCACGUGUAACAAUGAACUUCCGAACGUCUUGAUUGCUCAAACUUA